AUGGAGCAGGAGCUCCAACAAUUCAGAGAAGAGUUCAGAGAAGCCUUUCUGAGAAGUAACAGGCAAGAACUGAGAGAGGUGAAGGAGAUAGCUGCGCAUCAGAAGGUAAAUAUGACCAAUCUGAUUGAAGAUCUGCUGAAGGAAGCUAAGCAGAGAAGGAUAGAGUCAAACCGGGCGCGAAGAGAGUUUCUGUUGGAGAUACGGCAAGCUCAAGACGCUUUAGACGCGAAAGAUCAUGAGCUCAACGCUCUGAGAGAAUCGAUCGCUAACGUUGACACAAAGAAUGCGUCGACUGCAGAAGUCGAGACGCAGACGGACGUCAGUCCUGAGCUGCUCCAGUUGCAGCUCAGCGUGGCCAGAGACAAGGACUUGAUCCGAACAAUGACUGAAGAGACCACAGCGAGAAGGGCCGAGCAGGAGGGUCUUCGAGAGCAGCUCAAACGAGCUCAAGAAGUACUCAAGGUUCGAGAUGAACAGAUCUUGGCGCUGCAGAAGGCCAAGGAUCAGACCGUAACUGAGGUCAAAGAUCAGAUAGAAGUCACCAGGACCAGAAUGAGGCGUUUGAUGGGUUUGGCGCGAGAGCAAGAGGCACAGUGGAAGGAAACCAACAGAAGCCUCGAAGAAGAGCUCAAACAGACGCAGCUCCAGUUAGCAGAGAAAGAUCGUCAGCUCAGGACUCUGACGGAGGCUAACGAGUCCAUGACCCUCGAGGUUAGAAGUAUAGAAGACGAUCUGACUGUUCAGUUAGAGGCAGAGACCGAGGUGGAGGCCGAGGUGGAGGCCAAGGUGGAGGCCGAGGUUGAGGCCGAGGUUGAGGCCGAGGUGGAGGCCCAGGUGGAGACCGAGGUAGAGGCUGGGAUAGAGACAGAAGUAGAGGGUGAGUUACAGGCCGGGAUAGAGACUGAAAUAGAGACAGAGGUAGAGAUCAAGAUCCUGGUGCAGCAGAAUGCCAAGGAUCAGACCGUAACUGAGGUCAAAGAUCAGAUAGAAGUCGCCACGACCAGAAUGAGGCGUUUGAUGGGUUUGACACGAGAGCGAGAUGCGCAGUGGAAGGAAGCCAACAGAAUCCUAGAAGAACUCAGACAGAGGCAGCUCCAGUUACCAGAGAAAGAUUGUCAGCUCAAGGCUGUGAUGGAGGCUAACGAGUCCAUAACCCUCGACAUCACAAAGUUAGAAGACGAUCUGACUCGUCUUAAACAGGAGACUCUUCAGUUUAUGAAGGAGCCUGUUCAGUUAGAGACAGAGGCCGAGGUGGAGACCGUGAUAGAGACCACAAUAGAGAGCAAGGUAGAAACCGCAAAAGAGACAGAGUUAGAGGCCGCUAUAGAAACUCAGAUAGGGGCCGCGUCAGGGACAGAGAAAGAGACCGCGAUAGAAGCUAUAGUCAGCAAUGAAAGCGCGUCUGAACCUGAGCCAGAAUCCGUAGACUUUAGACAGGUGCGCAGGGUGCUAGGUCUAAACGUUAAGAGCCUGGUCCAACUGUUCGCUCAGAAAGACCAGGACGUUCAGGAGGAGGAACAACGAGCUAAAGAACUACAGGAGAAGACGAAACAAAAGGCUGCAAACUUCAGGUGCAGUCGCAAGUAA